GAGAGGGUGGUAAACGGAAGUGAGACAGCGCAGCGGGUGGGGUUUCUGACUACGAGAUGGACCUAGGUGUCAGAGGAAACAUUGAGUGUGCACACGAACCUGGCUUAUUAUCUAUCAGCAUAAAAAACAACAACAAUGAUUGAUGUAACCGUUGCGCUGCUGCCUAGCGCGCGACAUCCAUUCCAUCCAUGUUGUCUAUAAGAAGAGGAUGCAUCAGUAGGAGGCUAACGCUAGCCAGCGACAAAUCAGCGGUGUUUUUUUUUUUCACAUGAAUGUCCGUUUUCUCCUGACGUUGGGUUGUGCGGUUCCUGCAACGCUGAGUACCAGAUUGUCAGUGUGGACGGAUCGGCAACUUUAAAUGGCUGUCUCACGGUACACUACCUAGCUAGUGUCACUAGCUAAUGUUAGCUAGGAGAAUGGUGUCUUUGCAGCAAGCUAGCUACUUAGCUGUUUAUUUAUAUCAAUGUUAUGUAAGGACGGAGACCGUUUUAGCCUAGCCAGCUAUACGGAACCACUAAAGUGAGAAUAAUGAAUAACACGCAACAAGAUAUGUCUCCGGAUUUCGUCUUGAUGCGCCUGGUGUCGGCGGCCGAGUAUGACCGUUUGGACGAGCCCGAUGAUUUGAUGUCUGGAGGCGGGGGGUUCGGUCCUGUCAAAGCCGUGUUGGGUCAUCACGGCAACAAUAUCAACAGCGGGUUUGAUCUGGACCGUAAUAGCCCGUCGACAGGCCUCGGCUCAGACUCGCCGCAUUACAGUUCACCGCUCCCUGGUAAAGGCGAGAUGGACAGCGGGACGUGUUUGGGUCAAACAACACCAGGGUCCGAGGAGCCGCUAACUUCUCCUCCAUCAGGCAUCGGGGACUUCUCCGUGGCUGCUCAGCAUUUCGUGGACUACCCUGUAUCCCACGCACACGGCGCUGGGUCCCACGGCUCGCGAGCGAAGCUGAUGGUUUUUCAGAACUUGCUCAGGUCGAGUGACGGGAUCCUAGAAUGCGGGCUAGAGCAGCCUCCCCCUGGGUUUCUCCACAACUCGGUUCCUGGUGGCGGGGACGCAGAAAAACAGAGACGACCUCAAUCAGGAAGUGUCUGUGUACCAGGUAGCACAACAACAAAUAGCCAGUGUGUAUUAUCCUUACCACCGGUGAGCGGGAGAGAAAACACACGCUGCAUCUCCUCUGCAGAAGACUGCACACAGCAGCAACACCACCUCCAGUGGCACCCAGCUCUAAAACUAUCAAAGGUACCGUCGGAAAGCUCCCAGGCCUCACAGCAGGGUGUCCAGGCACUAGAAUCUGACACAGGUUCUGUUUUGUGCCAUCGACAUCGUCUGCUACUGACUGACCGCCUCUCUAAGUGGCCCCCAUGCUUGUUGGACCAGAGCCUACACUUGAGUCUUUUGGACCCCAUGAAGAACUGCACUGUUGGUGGGGAUGAUCCUGUCCUGGCCUUGGCACGACACCUCGGCCAGCUUGGACACCAUGCAGAGCUGAUGGAGGCGAGGGAGGGGGGGGAUCUUCGAGAGGACCUGGUGCUGCCCCUCACUCGGUGCUCAUGUCACGGCGUGUUGACCUCAGCUACUGGGGGGAUGGGCCCUGGCGAGGACCCCAGCGAGACCAGCGAUGCUCUCUUGGUUCUCGAGGGUCUCGGGUCUGAAGAGGUGGGCAGGCUAGGUGACCAGGGGGGAGAGGGGGAGAGGGGUGUUGGCCUAACGGAUGAAGGAACAGCCGGUGGGGAGGGAACCGGCUCUGUGUUCUCCAGCGGGACGCUCAGUGGUUUGAUGCAGCAGGUCCACAGACUUGCAGAGGAGGCGGGGGUGUGUACCGAUCAGAGCUGCCGUCAGUCGCUGGCUGGACCGGGUGCAGCAGUGUCGUUACCUCCCUCUGCCACACACCUCGCAGACCGCCGUCCGACAACCACCGGCAUCUCUACGCCCUCCCAGUACACACCAAUCCUGCCGCAGGCUCCGGAGGCUGCAGCGGCUCUUGCUGGGCUUCAUGUCUUGCCGAAUGCCCUGCACUCCUCUAGCACUAACCAAGGCCAGCGGCCCCAGCAUCAGCACCAAUCUCGCUCCCAGCCCCAGAGCCGGGCCACCACCCCAAAGCUGGGCAUCGCGUCUGGGGGAGCGGGUCGUUCAGCCUUGCCGCUGGUCGUCCUGGAAGGGGAGGUCGGGAGGCGAGGGGCAGAGGGAGAGAAGACUCACCGGAAGUCAAGGAAGGGGGGGUCCUUAAAGGUGCGUCUCAGCAAGCUAUUCCGAACCAAGAGUUCCAGCGGGGGUUCGGGGGGACUUCUGGACAAGAGGCCCUCCCUGGCGUCAUCCACCUCGUCGGGCGGGAGCCUGCUUGAUGUGUGGGGGUCGAGCUCCAGCAACACUGAACAAGACGGCUCCAGACUGCAGGUCUCCAGGCCCAAUAGUGCCUUCUCACCGGUGUCCUUUAGUCCUCCCUUCACCGGUGAGACGGUGUCUCUUGUGGAUGUGGACAUUUCCCGGAGGGGGCUCAACUCUUUGCACCCCCCGACCCCACCCCCUCCUCCCAGACGGAGCCUCAGUUUGCUGGAUGACUUUAAUGGACCUCCACAGCAGCAGCAGCAACCAGGAGGCCCCUUCCUGGAGCGCAACAUGGGGGUUUCGCUACAGUCGCUCCCCCCCCGCCCUCUGGCCCUCCCUCCGUCCAUCAGCACCAUCCAACACAGCCUCAGCCUCAAUGACACAUUCCUCGGCGGCCUGCCCAGACCCAUCCCCCUACGUCCCGACGGCCAGCAGCCCCCCCCUAGGCUGGGCACCCGGCCCCUCCUCUGCCCCCUCAGCCGGCCCGACGCCAGCAGCUUCGCCACCAGCCUACGGGAACUUGAAAAGUGUGGCUGGUACUGGGGCCCCAUGAACUGGGAGGACGCCGAGAUGAAGCUGAAGGGGAAGGCGGACGGGUCGUUCCUCGUGAGGGACAGCUCAGACCCCCGCUACAUCCUCAGUCUGAGCUUCAGGUCCCAGGGGGUCACCCACCACACACGCAUGGAACAUUACAGAGGUACCUUCAGUCUGUGGUGUCACCCAAAGUUCGAGGAUCGCUGCCACUCAGUGGUGGAGUUCAUAGAGCGAGCCAUCAUGCACUCCAAGAAUGGGAAGUUCCUUUACUUCCUGCGCUCCAGAGUGCCAGGUCUGCCCCCUACUCCCGUCCAGCUACUGUAUCCGGUGUCCAGAUUCAGCAGCGUCAAGUCCCUCCAACACCUGUGCCGCUUCUGUAUUCGACAGCUGGUUCGCAUCGAUCACAUCCAAGAGCUGCCCCUGCCCACGCCUCUGAUUAUGUAUCUUAGGAAGUUCUACUACUAUGACCCCGAGGAAGAGACGUACCCACCCAUCGAGGAGAAGGCGAAGGGGCCCAAACAGCACACUCAGCCGGGGGUGGAGUCUCAAACGUAGCGCUGGAGCCUGAUUGGACCGAGAGUUUUGUUGUUUUUGCUUUUAUUUUGUUACCCGACCAGAGGACCUGAGGACAAACCACCAGGAAAUGGAUACAGUCGUGAGACUGAAGCCAAUCAGAAUCACCUCUCUUGGCUCUUCAUAUGUAUGGAGUUGUAGAUGAACCACCCUCCCCCUUUGCGGCUCCAUUUUUGACCAUCGGGGACAUUGGGAGGGGCAGGGGAUGUAAAUACUACUCCUCUCUUGAGAUGUCAUGGCUGAGCAGCGUAACUCCAGGAAGUGACUGGUUUCAGCAAAGGUGCUAACUUGCUGAAACAAAACCCCAUGUCGUGUCUGAAUUCCACAUUGCUUCAAAAGACAAUUCCCCGAGAAAUUAAUUUAUUUACAUGUUUUAUGGUUUUUCAUGUUGGACAUGCUGAGAAGUAUUGAAACAACACAAUGAAUGCUAUGCAGUAUUUAACAGAGACACAAUGGUAGGUACGAAGACGUAACGCCACACAGCCAGCUCAUCAUUUGUGUGUUGCUAGAUAAUUUACCAAAGGUUAAUACAUGGGACUGCGGUGGUUGUAGAAAAUAGUGGUUGCAGCACCAGGGACAGUGGACACACACACACACACACACACACACACACACACACACACACACACACACACACACGUUAUAAAGAAACUUGUUGACUUAUCCGUGAACCUUAAAUGGCACAGACAAUACUCAUUUCUGCUGUAAUACUAUUCAAAACAUAUUCUCCUAAGCCAAAACAUGGUAUUGGCCAAUUAGAAUUGAUCUGGCACUGAGCCUGUUUGGUAGAAAAUACACUCUAGAUGCUCUACGACUUCAGCUAAGAAUGGGAGGCUUAAGGACUUAAGAUGCGUUAAUGGUCUGACAUUAAAGGAAAAAACUCUUACAGGAAGAACGACUGCUACCCCACUAAAAUGCUCUGGUUUGGAUUUCCCAAAUAUUGCUGUUCCACCGAAAACAACUGUAUUAACUUUUGGGUUCGGGAGCAUCAGUGGGUGGGGGGGGGGGGGGGGCUGGGUGCAUCCAUACUUUGUUUGAUUGAGGCGUCACUUUAGUAGAGUUGCAUCCCAGCCGAGACAGAUAUUGUACACUUAUUUGAUCCCCUUCACGUGUCAACGGUAUUUGUCAAUCCGGGUCCAAUCAGCCCCCUUAACACUCUUAAAGAUGUCUGGGUAGGCAGCAGGCUAGGGCACCGACAGUUUAACCCCAGGCGUCGACUAGGCGUCUAAGGAGAUGAUAGGAAUAUUUGUCCUAGUUGACCGCUACAGCCUGAAGAACAGUGUCCUUGCAAGUCUGGACUAUGGGGAUGCUUUGAUGAAACAAGUGGUAUUUUGUUAUGGAAUGGAAAUGUUUAAUUGCGUUAUCAAAAAAAGUAGCUUCUACAUUACUACGGUCAUGGUAUUGGACGUGAGAAAUGUCCCGUUUCACCGCUCACCAUCUGCAUAUAACAGAAGGCCAACAUUGUUAUGGAUUACUGGUGACGUCUCUGACUGACCAAGAGUGUUGUUGCUGAAUAAGUUCACUAUGUUUCGCUGCAAGUCAUCGGCCUUUACCUUGGUUAUGAAAGCAGAAGUGCUACAAUGUGGCAGAGAAAAAGUGCUUCAAUAGGAAAAGAAUACACUUGAAUGUUUGAAGUUCCGGCUUCUCAAUUUUAACGACCACAUGUACGAAGUAUUUUCCUGGUGUAAAGGAAUUGUUUUGACUAUCUGCUAGGACACAGUCGGACCGUUAACCGCAUUUUCACGGUUUUCCAUUAGAUGGGUUGGCAAUUAGGAUUUAAGUAAAAGCAAAUCAAAGGUGGUGAUGUUCAUUCGCUCCGUUCAGGUUCAAAGCCUAAAUGUCCUCUCCCUUCCAGACUUGCUGUUUGUACUGAGAAUGAGGUGUAUGCGUGUGUGUGAUUGUCUUUGAGCGCACGUUUCUGUAUAUAUUUGUAUGUGUGUACAUAUUGUAUGAUGGGUAUAUUUGUAGCAGAGCACAGUUACAAAUCAAAAAACUGUCCUUGACAUUAUAUGCCUAUGUAUGGGCGUGUGUCUGCAAGAGAGAGAUAUCACUGAGGUAUAUGGACUGCUCCGAGCUGCACUGGAAGUCUUGUCUUUUACCAGACAAACCUGCGUCACCCGAAGAAAUAAAGUGUUCAAACCGA